UUUAUUCAAUAAGUUAUAGACUGACGUCCAACGUGACGUCAACUUCAAUAGACCCUGAGGGUUUAAGCAGACAACGUGAAUUGACAUUUGACAGAAUGUUCUAAAAUAAGUAGCUCUUCAAGAAUUGUACUCUGGAGAUGCUUUUAAGGAAUUUCCCGACGGAGAAAGCUUCACAUCGCUUUUCAAACCUGUUUUCGAAUUCAUUUCUGUGAUAUUUAGCUUGAGAAAUUUUGACUAAUUGUAACAUUUGCACCAAUUACGAAACAAACGCAUUUCGUGUGACCUAUAUUUAUAAUGGGAAUCAUAACUACCAGUCUAGGAUUCGGAGCAACUCUCGGAGGUUUAUUUGCACUACGACGGUGGAGGGAAAAUCAGUGGGAAUCAUGUAAAACAAACAAAAGGCUUGAUGGGCAAGUGGCCAUUAUAACAGGAGCCACAUCUGGAUUAGGGAAAGUUCUAGCUGAAGAUUUGGUAAACAGAGGAGCAACUGUUGUUUUAGCCUGCCGUAAUCUUAUUGAAGCCAGGGAAGUGGUUGCUGAAAUCAAACAACAAUACCUUGGAGCUCAAUUGGAUGUUGUUGAGUUGGAUCUCAGUUCACUGGAAUCUGUAAAGAAGUGUGCAGCUAUUCUACUUGAACGAUAUGAUCAUAUAAAUAUACUCAUCAAUAAUGCUGGAGUGUCUAUCCCAACUAAAAUGGGGAUAAAAACAACUGAAGGCUUUGAAAUUAAUUUUGGAGUAAAUCAUCUUGGCCAUUUCUUACUAACAAAUCUGUUGGUAGACAGGUUAAUAGCUUCAGCCCCAAGCAGAAUUGUGAUUGUUUCAUCAAAAUUACAUGAGCAAGGAUCAAUGGAUUGGGAAGCAUUUGAAGGUACAAAGGACUUUGAAGAAGGAAAGAGAGGUCCUAAUGCUGCCUAUUGCAGUUCAAAAUUGGCAAAUGUAUUAUUUGGAACAAAGCUAGCCGAAAAACUCCAAAAUCACGGAGUAAAUGUUUAUACGGUUUGCCCAGGGUGGAAUUAUACUAAGCUUUUCCGCUAUUCAUCAGUACCAUUUUAUUCAUGGAUAGCCAUUAUACCGAUUGCAUUUUGGUUUAUGAAGCCUGCUCGAAUUGGUGUUCAAACUCUGAUCCACUGUGCAGUAUCAGAGGAAACGGAAAAUGAAACUGGACUUUUUUAUCGUGACUGCAAGGUUUAUCAAAGUCAACUUAAGGCUAGCUCAAAUUCCACAAUCAUUAACAAAUUAUGGGAGCUAAGCUGUAAAAUGUGUAAGAUUGAAUGGUAGUAAUUUCAGUUCAAUACAAUUAUUAGUAAAGUGA